CAAACGGAAAGUUAUAAGGUCGGUUAUUGUUCUUGAGAUCAAGCAGCGUAAUUUGACUUUAGAAUAACACAGUUUACCCAUUCGCUUCCUAUUCUCUUUUGCUUUGAAAGAAGAGAACAAAACAAAGACAUGUACGACUACAAUCAUCACAUCAUAUCACCAAACCAUCCCUUCACCGUCACAAAAGGCCUCUCCUUUAAUUUCUCUAGUCUCCGUAAUCUCCUUACCCAGAUUCCUUCUUUUGUCUCCCACAGAAUCCAUCGAUCCCUUCUUCAGUCGUCAACAUGUUCACUUUUUUAGAUUUUUUGCUUUACUCGAGGAAAAGCCACUACACCAAUUAACCCUCUUACAUGAUGUGUAAUACUAGUACUAUAUCUUAAGACAAAUAAACUAUAUACACAAAUAUAUUUGUAUUUAUAUAAUUAUGUACUAUAUUAUACUUUAGAAGAGGGCUGUGUUUUAACUUUUAAGUAGUGUUUCGAUGCUCUUGCUUUACUUCUUUCUCACCUUUGUUUCAUUCUAUUACUCCACAUGAAGAUCUAGAUCUGGGUCCAGACAAAUUUCACCGACCCUCUUUGACAUCUCUCUCUCUCUCUCACUACUCAUUCAGUAGGGUUUUGUUCUCUCUUGUCGUCUUCUUGUUUUGUCUGUAGCAUUAAUGUAAGUCAAAUCAAACUGUCUCUGAAACAAUCCCAGUGAUAAACCACUUCAUCACUAAGUUUUCUGUCAGACUUUUGUCUUUGUCCCUCUCUACAACAGAAAAAAUCCAAAGACCCCUCAAACAAAGUUUCUUGUUUUCGUUAGCAAUGUCUGGUUAUAUGCACCCUCUUCUAGGGCAAGAACUGCAUCUACAGAGACCUGAAGAUUCCAGAACCCCACCUGAUCAAAAUAACAUGGAACUUAACAGAUCUGAAGCAGACGAUACAACGGCCGAGACCACUCCCACCGGUGGAGCAACCAGCUCAGCCACCGCCUCUGGUUCUUCCUCCGGACGCCGUCCACGUGGUCGUCCUGCUGGUUCCAAAAACAAACCGAAACCCCCGACGAUUAUAACUAGAGAUAGUCCUAACGUCCUUAGAUCUCACGUACUUGAAGUCACCUCCGGUUCGGACAUAUCCGAGGCUGUCUCUACCUAUGCAACUCGUCGUGGCUGCGGCGUUUGCAUUAUAAGCGGAACCGGUGCGGUAACUAACGUCACGAUACGCCAACCGGCAGCUCCGGCGGGUGGAGGUGUGAUUACUCUGCAUGGUAGGUUUGAGAUAUUGUCUUUGACCGGGACUGCGCUUCCGCCACCUGCGCCGCCGGGAGCAGGAGGUUUGACGGUGUAUCUAGCCGGAGGCCAAGGACAAGUGGUAGGAGGGAAUGUGGCUGGUUCGUUGAUUGCUUCGGGUCCGGUAGUG